AUGUGGGCGGCAGCUGGUCUUCUGCUCGCAUUAUUGGCGCCAGCGUCAUUUGCGUGGCCAUAUGACGAGGAUCUGGUCGACUACAACCUCAACGAAAACAAAACAGCGAGCACACCCGCAGAUUACUGGGGACAGUGGCCCAAUCACCAGUAUCAUCCGUCCCCAGAAAACUGGCGUUUCCCCAUAUACACCCUUUUCCUUGAUCGAUUUGUGAAUGGCGAUCCCAGUAACGACAAUAUCAAUGGUACUAAUUACGAACAUGAUCUUUCUUCAACACAAAUGCGACAUGGAGGGGACGUAUUAGGAAUGGUUGACACGUUGGAUUACCUUCAAGGAAUGGGAAUCAAGGCUAUCUAUCUGGCAGGUACUGUACUUAUGAAUCAGCCAUGGGGGUUUGAUGGAUAUUCCGCUCUUGACACAACUUUACUUGAUCAGCACUACGGCGACCUUGCGACAUGGAGGUCAGCAAUAACAGAGAUUCACAAGCGUGGAAUGUAUGUUAUUUUUGACAAUACAUUGGCAACCAUGGGGGACCUUCUCGGUUUUGAUGGUUACCUCAAUAGCUCUGCUCCCUUUUCGUUUCAGGAAUAUCAAGUACAAUACAAGACAUCCCGCAAGUAUAUCGAUUUUGCAUAUAGCAACACAUUUAAUGAGAGUUGCAUCUACCCUCGCUUUUAUAACGAGACCGGUUAUCCUGUGGACAGCUCUGUGUAUGGUCAAUUUCAUGGUUGCUAUGAAAGCGACUUCGACCAAUUCGGUGACGUUGAAGCCUUUGGUGUUUUCCCCGACUACCAGCGUGAGCUGGCAAAGUUUGCUUCAGUUCAAGAUCGCCUACGAGAAUGGGUCCCGUCUGUUCGAGAGAAACUUAUUCGCCAUGCGUGCAUCAUUAUCGCAUCCCUGGACAUCGAUGGCUUCCGUUUCGAUAAGGCUACUCAGGCAACUGUUGAUGCGUUGGGUGACAUGUCUGAAAGCUGGCGGCAGUGCGCCAGGGCUCAUGGAAAAAAUAAUUUCUUCUUGUCUGGGGAGGUCACAGGCGGGAAUACCUUCGGCUCUAUCUAUAUUGGCAGAGGAAGACAGCCGGAUAUGCAGCCAGCCGACAUCCAGGAUGCUAUUCAAAUGACAAACGAAUCUUCGGACAAAUACUUCAUUCGCGGAGAUGGACAACAGGCUAUUGACGGGGCUGCCUUUCAUUAUUCGGUAUAUCGCACUCUGACGCGAUUUUUAGGGCUCGAUGGAAACCUUGCUGCUGGAUAUGAUUUGCCCACAGAUUGGGUGACCAUGUGGAACCUUAUGCUUUUGUCAAACGAUCUUGUGAAUGCGAACACUGGGAAAUUUGACCCCCGUCAUUUGUAUGGCACAACGAACCAGGACGUUUUUCGUUGGCCAGCUAUCGAAAGUGGUACCGAGAGGAUGCUGUUAGGGAUGUUUAUAACGACUCUCCAUAUGCCUGGUGCGCCUCUUGUACUGUGGGGAGAGGAGCAGGGCUUCUACAUUCUGGACGCUACAGCAGACAAUUAUAUUUAUGGUCGUCAAUCAAUGUCUCCGGCUACAGCGUGGUGGUCACACGGAUGCUUCAAAAUCAACGUUACCCAAUAUUUCGAUUUCCCUCUGGACAGUGCGCUCAAUGGCUGCGAAGACAUCUCGGUAACAUACGACCACCGAAAUCCUGCGCAUCCAAUACGAAACGUGCUUAAGCAUAUGUUUCAACUACGACAAAGCUACCCUGUGUUGAACGACGGCUACUUCUUGCAAUCCCUUUCAAAACAAACCCAUGAUGUCUUUCUAACUGGUUCCAACGGCACUCCUACAGAAACAGGGAUGUGGUCUGUCCUACGCGGUCGUUUUGAAGGAAUACAAGAUCUGGUCAAUAACCAGUCUGUCUGGCUUCUUUACCAGAACGAUAACGUCACGGUGAACUAUCAAUUCGACUGCAGUACCAACAAUACAAAUACCUCUUUGAUUGCUCCAUUCGACUCCGGUACCACGGUUAAAAACUUGUUUUAUCCUUACGAUGAACAAAGCCUGCAGGCUUCUCCCGCCAGAUUGGGAAUUGAUGGCUCAACCGGAAACAAUGGCUGUCUUGAUAACUUGACAAUGGUACCCUGGGACUUCCGAGCAUACGUACCGAAGGAGACAUGGGUAGGACCAAAUCCCAUGAUCACAGGCUUCACCCCCGGCCAUGACGCACGUAUCCUCUCAAAUGUCGCUCCGGAUAAGCCAGAAUCAAUUCCAAUCGAAAUAUACUUUUCGGAAGAAAUGAGUUGUGAAUCAGUGACGGAAUCCAUUUCGAUUAAUUCUACAACUGAAUUUGAAAUUACCGCCACUUUAAACAAGGCCAAUGUUCAUUGCGAGAAUGUGACUCCAGGCGGUAGGAGGUUCAUCGGAGAAAUUCCGAGCUCGUGGGUUUGGAGAGCAUCAAUGGACAACGUCUAUAAUGGGAUCCAUAGAAUCACUGUUUCCAAUGCAACUAGCUUGAAAAAUACCCAAUCAAACGCUAUUGAUCACUUUCUGCUACGAGUAGGUCAACAAGAUAACCCUAUGAUCUUCCAUACCGCCAAUUACUCCACCAGCCUUCUUCAUAGGGACGAUAAUGGAACUCUCUACGUACAGCACCAUGCCGCUGGCGCAGACAUGUGGCGCCACUCUACGAAUUGGGGUUCUUCUUUCUCAACCUGGAUGCCAUAUAAAGGUGGAAAUAAUACCAUCAGCGAGCUGCCUUGGUCUGGGACCUCAACCCAAGAAUGGCCUGGAAAGCAUGUACGCGUGGAGUAUUUUAACAGAAUGUCUGGUAGCAGUGACUAUGUUCAGGAGGGUGACACUAGCUGGGACUCUCAGUUCCCUAGAAGAUUCCCCCAUCUUUUUUGGAACGGCCCCUACAACCAAUACGGAUUCGAUGCCGGACUUAAAAAUGAGAUGUCACAGGAUCCUAGCGAUGGGCUUUGGAAGAUUGGGUUCCUAACAGAAUGGCCAGCUCAAGGACAGGUUAACGUAUGGGGAAUCAAUCCCGAUGGUCGGCCAGAUCAGGGCUUCGUAUUCGGAGAUGCUGACGGCGAUUCGGUACUAGACCGUCUUCCUCCAUCAUCGCUAUCGUCAGUGAGCAUUAACAUCACAAAUCCACCACCGCGUCCCUAUCUUGGGUGGCAGGUUAAGAUUAACGAUGGAACCCAGAGAUUUGAGCUCAUUCCAGUGGGUUCUGAGAAGGUUCAGAUCAUCCUAUUCUCAUUAUUCUGGAUACUUCCAAUCUUGACCGCAUCUUUUGGUACAUGGAUUUUUAUGAAGUCAUUCUACCGAGUUAAAUUAAAUCAUUUAGGUGUCACUGAAAAGAAGGCAAUUUUACCUCUAGUAUUACGGAGAAGGUUAAAGCGGCGCAACGCCGUAGACAAAGAGGUGACGAAUCCUCUUCUGCGAUUAGCCAACAAAUCCGGGUUCCUUCAGACAACAUCGGCUUUUAAUGGUGCAGCCAAUGGGAACUGCCGUCGAAUGGUCAUGAUUGCUACCAUGGAGUACGAUAUUGAAGAUUGGGAAAUCAAGAUCAAGAUUGGUGGUCUUGGAGUCAUGGCUCAAUUGAUGGGGAAGAAUCUUAGCCACCAAGACCUCAUCUGGGUUGUUCCUUGUGUAGGAGACGUUGACUAUCCUGAAGAUCAAGUUGCGGAACCCAUGUUUGUGACUGUUCUUGGAAACUCCUACGAGGUCAAGGUUCAAUAUCACGUCCUGCGAAAUAUUACUUACGUUCUCCUUGAUGCUCCGGUUUUCCGCCAACAGAGCAAAACAGAACCUUAUCCUGCGCGAAUGGAUGACCUGGACAGUGCUAUCUACUACUCAGCCUGGAAUCAAUGCAUAGCAGAAGCAAUGAAGCGAUUCCCGAUUGACCUCUACCAUAUUAACGACUAUCACGGCUCAUUGGCUCCAUUGUAUAUUUUACCACAGACCAUUCCCUCUUGCCUGUCACUUCACAAUGCAGAAUUUCAGGGACUUUGGCCAAUGCGAACGCAAAUAGAGAAAGACGAAGUCUGUUCCGUGUUCAACCUCGAUGUUGACGUAGCUACACGCUAUGUUCAGUUCGGUGAAGUUUUCAAUUUACUGCACGCAGGAGCUAGCUAUCUUCGUGUUCAUCAACAAGGCUUCGGUGCUGUAGGUGUUUCUAAAAAAUACGGCAAACGAUCUUACGCCCGCUAUCCAAUUUUCUGGGGUCUUAAGAAAGUUGGAAAUCUACCCAAUCCCGACCCAUCUGACACCGCAGUGUGGGACAAAAAAAUUCCGAAAGACAAUGAAAUCUCGAUUGAUGUCGACUUCGAAUCUGCAAGAGCAGAGCUCAAACGUCAAGCACAAGAAUGGGCCGGUCUGGAACAGAACCCGGAUGCCGACCUACUGGUCUUCGUGGGCAGAUGGUCAAUGCAAAAAGGUAUAGAUCUAAUUGCUGAUGUCAUGCCCGCUGUUCUUGAUUCACGGCCCAAUGUCCAACUUAUUUGUGUUGGGCCUGUUAUUGAUUUAUAUGGUAAAUUUGCUGCACUGAAAUUAGAUCGCAUGAUGCAGCUGUACCCUGGGAGGGUGUACUCUCGACCGCAGUUCACGGCAUUACCACCGUGUAUCUUCUCGGGAGCGGAGUUUGCUCUGAUUCCAUCUCGUGAUGAACCAUUCGGUCUGGUGGCAGUCGAGUUUGGCCGUAAGGGGGCCUUGGGUAUUGGGGCUCGUGUAGGUGGCUUGGGUCAAAUGCCGGGUUGGUGGUAUACUGUUGAGUCUACCACAACGUCUCAUCUACUCCACCAGUUCAAGUUGGCAAUUGACAGCGCUUUGAACUCAAAAGUCAAAGUCCGGGCAGAAAUGCGUGCUAGAUCUGCCAAACAACGGUUUCCCGUGGCUCAAUGGGUCGAGGAUCUGGAGAUUUUGCAAAGCACCGCUAUUAGGAUUCAUACAAAAGAAGUGGUCAAGUCUAACGGACAGCUAUCUACGCCAACAGGAUAUCGUACACCAAGUGGGGCAAGCGCCCCUGGGAUACUAGCAUCUGGAUCCAGAACAUCAUUUGGCAUGCAGACACCGCCGAUACUCGAGCCUAAGAGUAUGAAUUAUCCAAGUCUUAGAUACAGUAUUGUCGGCCCCCAGCAGAGAAACACGAUAGUCUACAAUGAUGAGCCAACUCCCGGAGUGGAGGGUCAAACAAGAACCUCUCUUAGCCGACAAUUGUCUCUGGGUGUCAGGUCAGGUCCUGGUCACAGUGUGGUUAUUGAAAGACGUAAUCGUCUCCGUCCAAAAAGCCACACCGUAUCCUCUGAGGACAUGGACAGUGAACGUGAAGCUGACUAUGAAAGCGAGGAUGAGAAUUUGCAAGCUUACUUUAUAGAAGAUGAAUACACCAUGACUCUGGAACAAGCUGAAAUCGGUCGGCGAUUGGAAAUGGAACCACACCGCUCUUUCACAGGGCAUAGCUCCAGGACUAGCCAGCAAGUCUUGGGCUCAGAAUUGCGACGAAAUAGCACCUUCUAUCCAUCUGUGUUUUCUUCGCCUAGCACCCCAGAUAUGGAGGACACUUUAGUACCACCAAGCCGGCCAUUUGUUGAACCGGAAAAUCGCUUGAGUAAUGCUUCUGUGCUUUCUCUAGACACAGUGGUAGGCGAUAAGAAGACUUUCAAAUUACAGAAGGUUGAUCCUUUCUUUACUGACAGCACCGGAGAAUUCUAUCGGGCCUUUGAGAAAAAAUUAGAGGACUUAAGUGGCUCUAACUCGGACUCGCAGCUGUGUAUAGAAGAAUACUUAGUCAAGAGUGAGAAGAAAUGGUUUGAGAGAUUCCGUGCCGCUCGCCUCGGUCGAGACUCUUCGCCUGUUCCAUCGAUCAAAGGCAAGGGGCGGCUUGUGUCUCCUACGGGAUCUGUGUCGAAUAUAGACAGCAAUAGUGAUAUUCAAAAAGAUACAGAUGAAUUUUUACUUGGGGCUGAUUACAAACCUCCGACGGGCCUCAAAAAGUGGAUGCAGCUCCGUAUCGGAGACUGGCCGGUUUACUCGCUAUUUCUAGGUCUUGGACAGAUCAUCGCUGCCAAUUCUUAUCAGAUUACUCUACUAACAGGAGCAAUUGGCCAAACUCCGCAAGAGCUAUAUGCAAUUGCCACCACAUACUUGAUCACAUCUAUAGCAUGGUGGUUUGUAUUUCGAAGCUUCAAAUCUGUUGUUGCUUUGUCUACUCCGUGGUUCUUUUACGGACUUGCAUUCAUUCUAAUCGGUGUGGCACAUGUUGAACACAACUCGAAUAACCGUGCUUGGAUUCAGAAUGUCGCAAGUGGUGUUUACGCUACUGCAUCAUCUAGCGGCUCUAUUUUCUUUUCGCUUAACUUCGGCGACGAGAGUGGUGCGCCCGUGAAGGACUGGGUUUUCCGAGCUUGUGUUAUACAGGGAACUCAGCAGUUGUACGUCGUUGCUCUAUGGUACUGGGGCUCUUCCUUAUCAAAGCAAACACAGGCUGGCAUUACCAACAUUCAGCCAAUUAUCAACAGCUGGAAGAUCACAGCUAUUACGGUUCCAAUUGCUAUGCUUCUUUGGUCCAUAGGGCUUUUGUUAGUUUUCGGUUUGCCAGACUAUUACCGGCAAACACCAGGCAAAGUCGCCUCAUUCUAUAAGUCGGUUUACCGGCGAAAGAUUAUUCUCUGGUUUUUUGUCGCGGUCAUCAUACAAAAUUUCUUUCUUUCUGCUCCAUAUGGGCGAAACUGGAGUUUCCUAUGGAGCUCCAACCACGCCUCAGCCUGGGAGAUCGUCCUCCUGGUGAUUCUCUUCUUCGUUGUUGUAUGGAGUGUUUUAUUGGGAAUUAUGUGUUACCUGUCAAAAUCCCAUAGCUGGAUCUUACCAGUAUUCGCUAUCGGCCUCGGUGCUCCUCGAUGGGCCCAAAUUUGGUGGGGAACAUCCAACGUGGGCCAGUACAUUCCAUGGGUAAGCAGUUAUGUCUCGGGAGCUUUGGUUUCUCGAAGUUUGUGGCUGUGGCUCGGCGUUCUCGACUCUCUUCAAGGUGUCGGCUUCGGUAUGAUUUUAUUACAAACACUCACUCGAUUGCACAUAUGUUUUGUUCUACUCGGAGCUCAAGUUCUAGGCUCUAUUGCCACGAUAGUCGCCCGUGCUGCUGCGCCAAACAAAAUCGGGCCAGGAGAUAUCUCGCCUGAUAUAGGAACAGGUAUCAGUAAUAUAUGGGUGCCGUGGUUCUGGGUUGGUUUAUUCUUUCAAAUUCUCAUUUGUGGCGGCUUUUUCUUGUUUUUCCGCAAAGAACAACUUAGUAAACCAUAGUCAUAUCAUCGACAUGUACAAACCUGAUACCCUGAUUCAGACUACAGUUCUACUGCAUCUUGUAUGGCGCUGGAUACGUUUUCACAUGCAUUGUUAUUCUAUUUACUUCUACUCUAAUUCGUUGUGUGGAUAAGUGUAUAUUGUCGUCCACCACGGAAUCAAGGGCUCGCCCGGGCCCUUUGUCCUUGUAAUGUAAACUUUGAUGACUUUAAUAAUUAAUCUUUAC